AUGCAAAAGAAGCCAUCUACCGGAUUUAAGUUAGAAAAUACUUAUAGAGCAUUAUUUGACAAUGAUGAUAAUAAUGAAAAAAGUUAUAUUAGAGAAGUUGUAACUCCAUUGGGUGAUGUAUAUAUAAUAAAUGAGAAAACCCAAGAAAAGUUUAUUAAAGGGACACAAAGGAGUGAUGGGACAUUCAGGAAAAAUAUCCGUGUGAAAACAGAUUACAUGCCCCAAGAGGAAAAUUGUGCAUACCAAGUAAAAGGAAAACUUUUGGAAGAACAAAAUAGACUUUUAACAAAAAAUACAAGUCCAAAUAUUAAUAUAAAUGUAAAUACAAAUCAUAAUACAUUUUCACAUGUGAAUAUAAAUAGACAUGUAAAUUUAAAUAAUCAACAGAAGAAAAUACCUGGAUGGAAUCCUAUAAAUGACGACCAAGAUGAAAAGCUGAACAGCUCCAAAAAAAAGAAGAAAAAAAAAAAGAAAAAGCCAAAUAAAGAAAUAGCCGAAAUGUGA